GUAUUUAAAAGUUCUGUACAGUCCGCUGUGGAUAUAUUUUUGGGAGGCUGUAAUGCGUGCAUCCUGAUUGGGGGAGAAAGCGGAUCUGGAAAAUCUUAUACUAUGGCAGGCGAGGGGGUUUCAAAGUCUGGCCUUGUACCUUUGAUCAUUGAUUAUAUUUUUGCAAGACUUGCAAAAGGUAGAUCUACUUUUUCAAGUUAACAACAUAAAAUUUUGGAAUAAAAAAAAAAAAAACUGAAAUGUUUUUAAGGACAAAAAAAAAAUUUGUACGCUAAAAUAUAAUGAUAUCUUCAUUCUUUUAGUUGUUUCUAUGGCAGGCGAGGGGGUUUCAAAGUCUGGCCUUGUACCUUUGAUCAUUGAUUAUAUUUUUUCAAGACUUGCAAAAGGUAGAUCUACUUUUUCAAGUUAACAACAUAAAAUUUUGGAAUAAAAAAAAAAAAAAACUGAAAUGUUUUUAAGGACAAAAAAAAAAUUUGUACGCUAAAAUAUAAUGAUAUCUUCAUUCUUUUAGUUGUUUGCUUAGAUCUAUCAUUUAGUUAAUUUUAACUACAAUAAAUUGUAUAAACUUUGAAAGUUAAUUUUUUAAAAAUUAAGAAUGGGCGUUUUCAAAAAGUUAAAUAUUUCUGGGAGAGUAAAAUAAGUGGCUCAAAAACAUUGACUAAUUUGUUGGAAGCAAAAUCAGUUUUGAUUUAGUAAUGAAAUUUUUAACAGUUCCAGUUAUAUAAAAAAUAUUUUUUUUAAUAUAGUUUAAUUUUAUCCCCAACCACCAAAAAAAUAAAAAAACGACAUUGUCAUCCCAAAACUUUGACUUUUCUUGUUUCUCAGACAUUUUGAACAUGUGUGAAAAUGUGUGUUUUUCAUUUCAAAGUCUAUAAUUAUUAUUGAUCAACAUACAUUAUGUGCAUCCACAAUACAGAAAGCUACAGUUCUGAUAGGAAGUUGUCCAUGCGCAACCAAAAGGUGACUUUGCAGAUGUUUGAAGUUUAUGAUGAGAUUA